AUGAGCAGCGGGGCGACGAUAGCGAGCGGUGGGGCGACGAUAGCGAGCAGCGGGGCGACGAUAGCGAGCAGCGGGGUGACGAUAGCGAGCACCAGGGCGACGAUAGCGAGCACCAGGGCCACGAUAGCGAGCACCAGGGCGACAAUAGCGAGCAGCAGGGCGACGAUAGCGAGCACCAGGGCGACGAUAGCGAGCACCAAGGCGACGAUAGCGAGCACCAGGGCGACGAUAGCGAGCAGCGGAGCGAAGCAUCUCAUCAACUUCGCUUGGCCAGUGCCCUCCCUGUUUUCCUCUCCCUUUCCCCCUGUCCGCCUCUCCCUUUCCCCCUGUCCUCCUCUCCCUUUCCCCCUGUCCUCCUCUCCCUUUCCCCCUGUCCUCCUCUCCCUUUCCCCCUGUCCUCCUCUCCCUUUCCCCCUGUCCUCCUCUCCCUUUCCCCCUGUCCUCCUCUCUAUUUCCCCCUGUCCUUCUCUCCCUUUCCCCCUGUCCUCCUCUCCCUUUCCCCCUGUCCUCCUCUCCCUUUCCCCCUGUCCUCCUCUCCCUUUCCCCCUGUCCCCCUCUCCCUUUCCCCCUGUCCUCUCCCUUUCCCCCUGUCCUCCUCUCUAUUCCCCCCUGUCCUCCUCUCCAUUUCCCCCUGUCCUCCUCUCCCUUUCCCCUUGUCCUCCUCUCCAUUUCUCCCUGUCCGCCUCUCCCUUUCCCCCUGUCGUUCUCUCCCUUUCCCCCUGUCCUCUCUCCCUCCCACCCUUCCUCCCCCUCUCUCACAUCCCUUCCUUUACUACUGUCCUCUCCCACCAUUCACGCUUCUCUCAGCCAUCCCUUUCCCCCCUCCCCUGUCCCUCGCUUUCCCCCACUACCGUCACUUCCCUUUCCACUACGUUCUCUCGUCCAGCCCAGCCGACAGUACCAGCUUUGCUUGGCCACUGA